AUGCGGGUCCUGCAAACUCUCACACUCCUGGUCAGCCUCACGGCUGCCCAGCUUCAACAACCAUUGGUCAGCGGUGCCAGCAAGGCUGAAAGACGACCAAACAUCCUGUUUGUCUUGACGGACGAUCAGGACCUGCACAUGAAUUCAUUAGACUACAUGCCGUUCACGAGAAAGCGCCUUGUGGAGAAGGGGACGCUAUUCAAAAGGCAUUAUUGCACCAUUGCCCUGUGCUGUCCGUCGCGGGUGAGCCUGUGGACAGGCAAGGCGGCGCACAAUACGAAUGUGACGGAUGUGUCGCCUCCGUAUGGCGGAUAUCCAAAGUUCGUCGAACGCGGGUACAACGACGACUGGUUGCCGCUGUGGAUUCAAUCCGAGGGCUACAAUACGUACUAUGUUGGGAAGCUGUUCAACGCCCACACCACGUCCAAUUACGAUAAGCCGCACGUGUCUGGCUUCAACGGCUCUGACUUCCUCUUGGACCCCUACACCUACCAAUACUUGAAUAGCAGUUUUCAGCGGAAUCAUGAUCCUCCCAAGUACUAUCCUGGCGAAUACUCCACAGACAUACUUGCACAGAAAGCGAACGGCUUCCUUGACGAUGCCGUGGAAGCUGACAAGCCUUUCUUCCUAGUCGUAGCCCCGAACGCUCCCCACAGCAACGUGUACGUUGAUAACAGCUUGUCAGUAGAUGAUAAAUCGAUUCGCUUUGGCGCUCCAGUAGCUGCUGAAAGGCACAAGCAUCUUUUCAAAAAUUUGAAAGUCCCCAGGACCGCAAACUUCAACCCUAAUGAGCCAUCUGGGGUUAAUUGGGUGGCUGAGCUACCAAUCCAGAGCGAAGAGAACAUCGCGUACAAUGAUCACUUCUUUCGCCAGCGGCUGCGAGCCCUGCAGGCAGUCGAUGAGCUGGUCGACGGGCUCUUCGAGCGCCUGCAAAAAUACGACUUGCUCGACAAUACCUACAUCUUCUACUCCUCCGACAACGGUUUCACGAUCGGCCAGCAUCGGCGGCAGCCUGGCAAAGAGUCCGGUUUCGAAGAGGAUAUCAAUAUCCCCUUGCUGGUCCGCGGACCAGGUGUCGCUGAGGGCAAGAUUUCCAGCAUACCCACGACGCACACGGAUCUCGCCCCUACCUUUCUGUCGCUGAUCGGUGCCAGCCUGGACCAUGAGCUCGACGGCACGCCGAUUCCGAUCCACAACGACGAGCUUGUUUCUGCGUCGGAAGAGAAGAAUUGGCACGAGCACGUCAACGUUGAAUACUGGGGCAUUGCCAUCUCCGAAGGCCGCUACGGAGGAAACUAUCCUCAUUUCAACAACACGUACAAAGCCCUUCGCGUCAUCGGGAACGGCUACAACCUGUAUUACUCUGUGUGGUGCAACGAUGAGCAUGAGCUAUACGAUCUCAAAAGCGAUCCCCACGAGAUCGACAAUCUUCUUGCUACGUCGAAACACAGACAAGAAUCUGGCCUCGCGCGUAAGAUCCUGGGUCUGCCAAUUGCCAAGGUUGUUUCUAGAUUGGACUCUUUGCUCUUCGUGCUGAAGAGCUGCAAAGGUGAUGUGUGCAGGGAUCCGUGGAAAGCGCUCCAUCCGCAGGGUGAUGUGCAUACUCUCAGAGAAGCAUUGAAUGGAAAGUAUGAUUCCUUUUAUGAGGAGGAGCAGGUCAGAAUCAAGUACAACCGGUGUGAGCAAGGUUAUAUCAUCGACGCCGAGGGCCCUCAGUUUGAACUUGACGGGCUUGUGUAUCGAGAGGGAAACAAGUGGAGCGACUGGGUCUGA